CCCCUCGUCGUCCGUCACUAUAAAAGACGAACACGGAACGCUGCAACCGUGAAGUUUCCGGCUGCAUUCGUCUCUCUCGUUAAGAAAUCCAACUUAAUCUUCACAACCCAGGAAAAAGAUGAACAUUUUCAGCAAAAAACCCAAUCCCAAAGAGGCUCUUCGGGAGAGCAAGAGAGACAUGGCUCAUGCUACAAGAGGCAUAGAGAAGGAAAUUGGAGCUCUGCAGCUAGAAGAAAAGAAGCUUGUUGCUGAAAUAAAAAGAACUGCUAAAACUGGAAAUGAGGCUGCAACUAAAGUUCUAGCCCGACAGUUGGUCAGGCUUAGGCAGCAAAUAGCCAAAUUGCAAGGUAGUCGGGCCCAAAUGAGAGGCAUAGCAACUCAUACACAGGCAAUGCAUGCACAGUCUUCUGUUGCUGUUGGCAUGCAAGGAGCCAGUAAGGCUAUGGCAGCAAUGAAUAAGCAAAUGAACCCUACAAAGCAAGCAACGGUUAUCCGUGAAUUUCAGAAACAGUCAUUACAGAUGGACAUGACUAGUGAUAUGAUAUCUGAUGCAAUUGAUGAUGCCUUGGAUAAUGAUGAGGCUGAAGAAGAGACUGAAGAGCUAACUAAUCAGGUUCUUGAUGAAAUUGGUGUUGAUGUUGCCUCACAGGUUAGUAAUAGUUCACAUUUUUCCUUUCAUUUUUGGAUUUAUUUUUCUUAAAGUUUGAAGUUUGUUCUUCAUGCUGAACUCUUUGCUCAAUGUGUUGUGC